AUGGCUUCGCGAGCACCCAUCCGCAGGGUAGACCCUGAGCUAGGGCUUAUUUGGGAGGGAGCUCCAAACAUGGAUACACUCAGCGAUGUACCUGCUGUCCGUGACGCAUUCGCAUCCCAUUACCCGGACAUAUUCGGCCUCCCCCAUCUGCCAGUCUCCACUCAACGACCCUCCCACAACGUCAAGUCCGCCGACGGCACCCAAAUAAAAGUUAUGCAUUUUAUCCCCGAUGCACCUGCAGGAAUAGAUGCGCCACCGGCUCGUGCAGUUAUAUUCUGUUUUGGCGGCGGUUUCAUUAUGGGAAAGGCGGACAGCAACAUUGAUUUUGCCGCCAACAUGGCAAUCCAGACACACAGCCAUGUGUUCAUGCCAAACUACCGCCUCGCACCGGAACACCCAGCACCGGCGGCCGUGGAGGACGUCUAUGCCACGCUGAGGUGGGUGCAGACGCAUGCCGCGGGGCUCGGUAUCAAUGCGGAACGGGUGGUUCUUUUUGGUGUGAGCGCUGGCGGUGGAAUCGCCACCGGGACGGCCCUAAUGGCUUACGACAAAAGCCUCACCAGUUCGGAAAAGCUUCCGCUGCCGGCCGGCUUGGCGUUGCGGUACCCUAUGUUAGACGACCGCACGUUCGGGUCGAUCGAGGACCCGGAGCAUUUCUACCAUGUCUGGAACUGCGUAGUCAAUAAAAUUGCGUGGACAGCGUACGCAGGCGGCAAGGCAAGAGCGGAAAGAACGAACGAUACUAUUUCUGUAUACGCGGCGCCAGCGCGGGCUGGGCCGGAUAAGCUGCGGGGCCUCCCGCCUACAUUUGUGGACGUCGGGGGACUGGAUUUGUUCCGCGAAGAGAUUACCAAGUUUGUAACCGCGCUGGCCACCGCCGGCGUUAAUGUCGAGUUCCACCAUUACUCGGGGCUUCCACACGGCGUUGAAAUAAUGGCGCCGGGGAUCAGCAAAGCUAUUGCCAUGAAUAAGAAUACCUGUAGAUUUAUUGGUAGAUUUUAG